GGGUCCGCGCUCGGGUGACAGGUCCGUCCCUGAGGGCGGAGCGGGGGCCGCCUGCGGCGCGGCGGGGAGAGGAGUCCGUGUGUAGCUCCGUCCCUCCCGGCUAGUCCUUCCCCCCCGUCCCGGCCCCUGAGGAGGCAGCGGAGCCGCGGUCGGUUCCAGCGCCGCCAACAACCCGCCAUGUCCGGCCAAAGCCUCACCGACCGCAUCACGGCGGCGCAGCACAGCGUGACCGGCUCGGCGGUGUCGAAAACCGUUUGCAAGGCCACAACCCACGAGGUUAUGGGGCCCAAGAAGAAGCACCUAGACUAUUUAAUCCAGUGCACAAAUGAGAUGAACGUGAACAUCCCCCAGUUGGCAGACAGUUUGUUUGAAAGAACUACCAACAGUAGCUGGGUAGUGGUCUUCAAAUCCCUCAUCACAACCCAUCAUCUAAUGGUGUAUGGAAAUGAGCGUUUUAUCCAGUAUCUGGCGUCCAGAAACACGUUGUUUAAUCUGAGCAAUUUCCUAGACAAGAGUGGAUUGCAAGGUUACAACAUGUCAACGUUUAUCAGACGAUAUAGCAGGUAUCUGAAUGAAAAGGCAGUUUCCUAUAGACAAGUGGCUUUUGACUUCACGAAAGUAAAAAGAGGGGCUGAUGGGGUGAUGAGAACGAUGAGCACAGAAAAACUCCUAAAAACUGUACCAAUUAUACAAAAUCAAAUGGAUGCACUUCUCGACUUCAAUGUCAAUAGCAAUGAACUUACAAACGGUGUAAUUAAUGCUGCCUUCAUGCUCCUCUUCAAAGAUGCCAUUAGACUGUUUGCGGCAUAUAACGAAGGGAUUAUUAACCUCUUAGAAAAAUACUUUGAUAUGAAAAAGAACCAGUGCAAAGAAGGCCUUGACAUAUAUAAGAAGUUCCUCACUAGAAUGACACGGAUCUCAGAGUUCCUUAAAGUUGCAGAGCAAGUUGGAAUUGACAGAGGAGACAUACCAGAUCUCUCACAGGCACCGAGUAGCCUUCUUGAUGCUUUGGAACAACAUUUAGCUUCUCUAGAAGGGAAGAAAAUCAAAGAUUGCACAGCUGCAAUCAGGGCUAUCACCCUUUUCGAUGCAGUGUCUUCCCUUGCAAACACGGACCUGUUCCUGACAAAAGUAGAUGAAAGGGAAAAACAAGCUGCAUUAGAGGAAGAACAGGCUCGCUUAAAAGCUUUAAAGGAGCAACGUCUAAAAGAACUUGCAAAGAAACCUCAUACCUUUUUAACAACUGCAGCUUCUCCUGUGUCGACUGCAGCAGGAAGCGUAAUGACUACACCAGCCAUUGAUGUUUUUUCUACCCCUAGCUCUUCCAACAGCACUUCAAAGCUGCCAAAUGAUCUGCUUGAUUUGCAGCCAACUUUUCAACCAUCUGUACAUCCUGUAUCUGCUGCUCCACAAGUAGGAACUACCUGGGGAGGGUUCACUCCAUCUCCUGUUGCUCAACCACAGCCAUCAGCUGGCCUUAAUGUCGACUUUGAGUCUGUGUUUGGAAACAAAUCCUCUAACGUUGUCGUAGAUUCUGGUGGCUUUGAUGAACUAGGUGGUCUCCUAAAACCAACAGUGGCCUCUCAAAACCAGAGUCUUCCAGUUGCCAAAGUACCACCUAACAAACUAGUGUCAGAUGAUCUGGAUUCAUCUUUAGCUAAUCUUGUAGGCAAUUUGGGCAUCGGGAAUGGAACUACUAAAAAUGAUGUAAACUGGACUCAGCCAGGUGAGAAGAAACUAACAGGAGGUUCCAACUGGCAACCCAAGAUUGCACCCACAACUGCGUGGAACGCUCCAACACUGAAUGGCAUGCACUUUCCACAAUACGCACCACCUGUAAUGGCGUAUCCUGCCACAACACCAACGGGAAUGAUGGGCUAUGGAAUGCCACUGCAGAUGGGAGGCAUACCAGUAAUGACACAGCCAACUUUAAUAUACAGUCAGCCAGUCAUGAGACCACCAAACCCAUUCGGCCCUGUCCCAGGAGCACAGAUCCAGUUUAUGUAACUGUGUUAGACAGAAGAGAAAGGAACGUUUCCAAACAGAUGUGCUCACCAGUAAACCCCACGUCCAGGAAACAACAGUGAACUUCAGUCUCUCCAACUCUCCUCCUCCAUUCCGUGAUGCAGUGAAAUGAUGAAGAGCGAUGAAGGAACCUGGGAUGACUCCACAAGAAAACAUCACUACAUGAUACAGAGCCAAGAAUUGCCAUCAGUUCAGCCUUCAGAGCUGGUUUAUGUCCUGGUGACUGACACCUCAGUACUCCCAGCUUCUAAUAGCAUCCGUAAUGGGUAACACACAAAGAGAAGCCUCAGUUCUGAGAAACUGGGAUUGGUGUUUGGAAUGCUGUCUGGAAUGGGGAUGUGUCCUUUACUGUAACAAGACUUGGGGCAGGGGAGGCUCAAAUCCUAACUCUUAAUUCUGAAGUUCCCUUUUCUUCAGUCCUCACACACGUAGGCACAGCAGUAAUGGAAAUUAACUUUUUUAAACAAGUCUAUAUUCAGUUUGCAGUAGACACUCCUUAUGUAUUAUUGUUUGUAUUUAUUUAUGAUUAUCAAUUUAACAUUAAUAUUGUAUCAAACCUCCCCCCAACCUCCUUCUGGAAAUGAGUAUGGAUGUAUACAGUAUGUCUGAUUUAUCUCCACAAAGAAUGAAUCUGAUUCAGAACGCUUUUCACACAGAGCACUAAAUACUGUCAAGGUCUGAAUCUAAUGAAUUCUCAGUGUAAGUGGGAAUUAGGGAAGAGCUGUAAAACCACGUUAAUCCUGAUAGUCAAUUCCGUGCCUCGGAUCUUUGCAAGGGAACAGUUACCUGACUAGGAGAAGCACUACAUUUUUAAUUCAGCAUUAGUGCAUCGGGAAGGAACUUUAUUGCUUUGUGCUUGGCAUGUCAUUAUUUUUACAGUUGACAUUAUAAGGCCUUUCCAAAAUGAAUGUGAGGAAUUGCUUUCACUUUAUGACUUCCCUUCUUUUCUGUAAUAAGAUGGUGUGUGUUUGGGGAGGGGGAGAAGCCUUUUCAUUUGGCGAGUGCCAUGUUUCUGAUCACGUACCUUUUAAAAGCUACAAACACCAAGGGGGAAGCAGCUUCCUUACGUGUGUCUAAUGGGUGUUUAGUUAACGAAGACUUAAAGCCGCACUGUUGAUCGGUGCUCUCUGUAAAUACACCAGAACCUUGGGGUGGAGCUUGGGGCCUUCAGAAGGACGGUCCAGGAGGUGAAAGCAAUUCUGUACAUGAGUCGAGCAUACUUGCUGCAUUGUCUCUGCAGAUUCUAUUUUUGUUUAAGAUAUUAAAACUGUAUGUUAGCAAAACUGGGUGGAUUUUCCAAUAAAAUGCAGCUUCCACACACCUUUUGUUACGGUAUGAACGUCUGAGGUGCUUCUUUUCUUCAUUUGCUGCUUAAAAAUGUGCACUGAUAACUGCUUUGUUUACUUAAUAAAAUACCAAAUGUAUUUGA